GUGCUUCCCUUCUACUCCACAACUUAAUCCAAGCAAGCUUCCUAUUUCAGCCAACAACAAUAGUACAAUACUAAACACACUCUCUCUCUCACUGCAAUCAUCACUUGAACUGAACAACAUAUAGUGAUUACUGACUACUGAGUAGUGAUGAUGGGCGCUGCUACGGUGCUACUCGUCGUUAUAGUGGCGGCGAUUUGGGUGGCGCAAUCACACUCAGAGUACAUAGAGUACAACACCACGCAGAGGAUCGUCAACGGUCAAAUAAACGUUCACUUGGUGCCUCACUCCCACGACGAUGUUGGCUGGCUCAAGACCGUUGAUCAGUACUACGUCGGCGCCAACAACUCCAUUCGUGGUGCAUGUGUGCAGAACGUGCUGGAUUCUGUGAUCUCUGCGCUUUUGGAAGACAAGAAUCGCAAAUUUAUCUAUGUUGAGAUGGCAUUUUUCCAACGAUGGUGGAGACAGCAAAGUAAAGCUAAGAAAAUUAAAGUGAAGGAGCUUGUUGACUCUGGUCAGCUUGAAUUCAUAAAUGGGGGCAUGUGCAUGCAUGAUGAGGCCACCCCGCAUUACAUUGACCUGAUUGAUCAGACAACUCUCGGGCAUCAAUUCAUUAAAGAUGAAUUCGGUAAGACUCCAAGAGUUGGCUGGCAGAUCGAUCCUUUUGGCCAUUCUGCGGUUCAGGCGUACUUGCUUGGCGCUGAGCUGGGAUUCGAUUCGCUCUUUUUUGCCAGAAUUGAUUACCAGGAUAGAGCCAAGCGAUUGAAGGAGAAGAUGCUUGAGGUUAUUUGGCAGGGUUCUAGGUCUCUUGGUUCUUCUUCACAAAUAUUUACGGGGAUAUUUCCCAGGCAUUACGAUCCUCCUGAUGGCUUCACGUUUGAGAUCAAUGAUGUUUCCCCUCCUAUUCAGGAUGACAUUGAACUGUUUGACUAUAAUGUUCAAGAAAGGGUCAAUGACUUUGUAGCUGCAGCCAUAUAUCAGGCUAAUGUGACCAGAACCAAUCACAUUAUGUGGGCAAUGGGGACAGACUUCCGGUAUCAAUAUGCUGAUUCAUGGUUCAGGCAGAUGGAUAAGUUUAUUCACUAUGUGAAUCAGGAUGGGCGUGUCAAUGCAUUAUAUUCAACACCAUCUAUCUACACUGAUUCAAAAUAUGCAGCAAAUGAGCAAUGGCCUCUUAAAGUUGAUGAUUUCUUCCCAUAUGCAGAUAAACCGAAUGCAUAUUGGACUGGCUAUUUUACAAGUAGGCCAGCUUUAAAGGGUUAUGUGAGAGUGAUGAGUGGUUACUAUCAGGCAGCAAGGCAAUUAGAAUUUUUCAAAGGGAGGAAUGCAUCUGGACCAAAUACUAAUUCACUAGCAGAAGCUUUAUCAAUUGCUCAGCAUCAUGAUGCAGUUAGUGGCACAGAGAGACAACAUGUUGCUGCUGAUUAUGCACUGCGACUGUCAUUGGGCUAUAAGGAGGCAGAAGUGGUGGUCGCAUCUGCCCUUGCUUUCUUGGUAAACCAAAAGUUAAGUUCGCAACAGGUGAAGCCAGUGUCGGACUUACAACAGUGUCCUCUACUCAAUAUAAGUUACUGUCCUUCAUCAGAAGCUACGUUGAGCAAUGGAAAAAGCUUGGUGAUUGUUGUUUAUAACCCACUUGCUUGGAAGAGGGAGGAAGUAAUUCGAAUUCCUGUUUCCACCACAGACAUUUCUGUCAAAGAUUCUGCUGGGAAUGAAGUUGAGUCUCAAAUUCUCCCACUAUCCAAUGCCACUUCAAUCCUAAGAAAAUACUAUGUCAAAGCGUAUGUAGGAAAAUCUCCUGGUUCAGAACCAAAGUACUGGCUUGCAUUUCCAGUGUCUGUACCUCCCCUUGGUUUCAGCACAUACAUAGUCUCCAAGCCUAGACAGACAGGUAAUCGUUCAACCAUAUCCAAGGUGCACAAAUCAGAAAGAAGUACAAAUACCAGCAUAGAAGUUGGACAAGGGAAUUUGAAGCUGCUUUAUUCUGCAGAUGAAAGAAAGCUUACUCAUUAUGUUAACAGUAGAAAUCUUGUUAAAGCAUCUGUUGAACAAACAUACAGUUAUUAUUCUGGAAAUGAUGGAACAGAUAAAGAUCCUCAGGCUUCUGGGGCAUAUGUAUUCCGCCCAAAUGGAUCAUUUCCAAUUAGAUCUGAUCGCCAGGAAUCUUUUACUGUUUUAAGUGGUCCAGUGCUGGAUGAAGUUCAUCAGCAGCUCAAUCCAUGGAUAUCUCAGAUUACAAGGAUAUUCAAGGGAAAGGAACAUGCUGAAGUUGAGUUCACAGUUGGGCCUAUACCUGUGGAUGAUAACAUUGGGAAAGAACUUAUUACCCAGUUUACAACCUCAAUGAAGACCAACAAAACAUUCUACACAGAUUCCAAUGGACGUGACUUCAUUAAAAGGAUUCGAGAUUUCCGGACAGACUGGGAUCUACAAGUGAACCAACCCAUAGCUGGAAACUAUUAUCCGGUUAACUUAGGAAUAUAUGUGCAAGAUAGCAACACAGAACUCUCAGUGUUGGUGGACCGUUCAGUUGGGGUUUCAAGCUUGGUAGACGGUCAAGUAGAGCUCAUGCUCCACAGGAGGCUUAUCCAUGACGAUACAAGAGGCGUUGGUGAGGCACUCAAUGAAACAGUUUGCAUUGCUGGUAGCUGUGAAGGUUUAACCAUUCAAGGAAAACUGUACCUUAAAAUUGAUCCUAUAGGUGAAGGUGCUAAGUGGCGUCGAACAGUUGGCCAGGAAUUAUAUUCACCACUGUUGUUGGCAUUCACAGAACAGGAUGGGGAUAAUUUGUCAAAUUUUCAAUCAUCAACGUUUUCUGGCAUAGAUUCUUCAUACAGUUUCCCAAACAAUACUGCUCUUUUAACACUCCAGGAACUUUACAGUGGAAAAAUACUUCUAAGAUUGGCUCACCUUUACGAGAUUGAGGAGGACAAAGAUUAUUCAGCAAUGGCAAGCGUGGAAUUGUUAAAGCUGUUUCCUAACAAGAAGAUAAGGAAAGUGACCGAGAUGAGUUUGUCUGCUAAUCAAGAAAGAGCUGAAAUGGAAAAGAAGAGGUUAGCAUGGAAAGUAGAAGGCUCCACUAAAGAAACUAAGGUGGUGAGGGGAGGGCCUGUUGAUCCUGAAAAGUUGGUGGUUGAACUUGCUCCAAUGGAAAUUAGGACAUUUUUUAUUGAAUUUGCUUCCCUUCAAACGGUUCCUGAAGCAGAAAAUCAAGCGGCAACGUAAUAAGAGGGUUGUUUUCUUGUAGAGUUGCAUCAUUUGAACAAUUGUACUCAUUUGACUUUUACACUGAAUUGACACAAACCCUUGCGUCAUAACAUAGAGUAUUGGAGUGCGAGACUCAUCCCGAAUUUUCUACUCUCAGUUUUUAACUUUC